AUGAAAGUUGGGAGGCUAUUUCCAGGGAUCAUGGUUUCCAAUGAUGUGCAUGAUGAUCCGCUAGACUUUGUCGCGGGCUUCUCCGUGCUGCGAGUAGGGGACCUGACCAAAGAAAUUGUCUUCGGUGACCUAAAAUCCUUCUUCUCGUGCCUCCUACACCGCAUGGGUGAGGAAUCGGCGCGUGCAAUGGCUGUGGUCCUCAACACCUUUGAUGGCUUGGAUUCCACCACCCUAACCGGCCUCAUGUCCAAGUUCCGUAGCUGCCUUGCGGUGGGCUCACUCAACCUCAUCUCCCCACUCCUAUCAGAGGAUUCUCACGCUUGCCUCAUAUGGCUCGACCGCUUUGCCCAUAACCCUGCUUCCAUAGCUUACGUUGGCUUUGGCAUGGUGAUGAGGUUCACGCCCGUUGAAGUAGCGGCACUGGCCGAGGGUCUGGAGUCGAGUGGGGCCCCCUUCAUAUGGUCCUUGAAAGCGAGGGAAGGUUUUCCAGCUGGAUUCCUAGAGCAGACAGCUGGGAAGGGCCUCAUUGUCCCGUGGGCCUUGCAAUCAAUGGUGCUGGGCCACGUGGCUAUGGGGGUGCACGUGACGCACGAUGGGUGGAACUCAAUGAUGGAGAGCAUUGCGGGAACGGUGCCGAUGAUCUGUUACCCGACUCUUGCGGACUAUAAGCUGAAUAAUCGGUUGGUGUCUCACGCGUGGCGGAUUGGGGUGGAGGUGGAUGGUGGGGUGUUGACGAGGGAUGAGGUGGUGAACUCCAUCGAGCUGGUGCUGAGGAAGGAUGAAGGGAGGGUAAUGAGAGAGAGGGCUUGUAAGUUGAGAGAGUUGGGUAAGGAAUCUGUUGGAAAUGGGAGUUCGGUGGAAAUUUUCAAUAAGUUGUUGGGAAUACUUCUAGUCCCUGGCGGUUGA